AUGGAAGAAGAUAAUAAUGUUAGAACAGCUUUAAAAAAUACGUCUAUUAUGUGCAAAAUUUCAAUUACAUAUUCAAAUUGGUCUAGACAUUUACAAUCAAAAAAACAUAAAAGAAAUGAUCCGAAUGAAACUAUUAAACCUAGAUUUCAUAAAAAAACUACACUGAGAAUUAAAAAUAAUAUCCCAACACUUAAAAAGAGAGAACAAUAA